CCUGGAAGUGACGCGUUUCGGCCCGUCAGACUGUGUUGAUGUUUUGUGCACGAGCUCUCGGCCGGGAAGACGGAGGCGUAUUUUUUGUUUUUUUCUUCUUUGUCUGUUGGUUGGGUUCCGUCCAAACGUCGAUGGGAAUCGUCGUGUUGUCGACGGGGAACAUUCGCUCGAUGAUUCGCAGCUAGGCAGCCACCUCAACGCCGAACACAGCCAAUCUUUUGAACCAAAAAGGCGGACUGACUCGUCGCCCUCUACCCCCUCACCACCUCCCCACCCCUCCUCCUCCUUCUCCCGUUCCUGCUCCUCCCCACCAUGACGAUCCUGCCCAAAAAGAAGCCCAGCUCCGGGGUCGCGGAUCACGCUGAUGACAGCGACCGCCGGAGCGUCGCGGACCCUCACCAGCACCCGCACCCUCACGCGGGGAGGACCGGAGCCCGGCCACGGGCUUCUCCCCCGCCAUGGUCGUACCAGCCCGCGCCGGCCUCCGCGAGAGACGAACGGCGGAGCAUUGAGGCGAGCUCCCGGCCGCAGCAGGCCUCUCCUCCGCCUGGCGGCUCCGUGGCCCCCGCCGGGCCGUGCGACGGUCGGGACGGUGGCGGCGGCGUCGGCGGCAUGGUGGCGACCUCUCGCGGGGACCUGGUGGUGCAGGCCGGCGUGGUGGGUUGCGGCGGAAGUAUCGGCAGCUGCUGCUCCGGGCCCGGCCUCAGUAAGAGACGGCGACAAGCGGGCACCUGCUCCGGUGGGGCGGCGCUAGCUGGAGGGGGCCAAGCCGGCGUGAGCGGUCCUGGCGGCGUAGGCUCGAGCCAGGAAACGGACGAGGGAGCCGGUGGCAACAACAGCGAAGACGAGUACGAGAACGCCGCCCGACUGCAAGCCGUUGACCCGGCCACCGCAGAGCAGCAGGAGCACUGGUUUGAAAAAACUCUGCGGGACAAGAAAGGUUUUGUCAUAAAGAAGAUGAAGGAGGACGGGGCUUGCCUCUUCCGAGCUGUUGCUGACCAGGUGUAUGGCGAUCAGGACAUGCAUGAGGUGGUGAGAAAACACUGCAUGGACUACCUGAUGAAAAACGCUGACUAUUUCUCCAACUAUGUUACGGAGGACUUCACCACAUACAUCAACAGGAAGAGGAAAAAUAAUUGCCAUGGUAACCACAUUGAGAUGCAGGCAAUGGCAGAGAUGUACAACAGGCCAGUGGAGGUGUACCAGUAUGGCACAGAACCAAUCAACACCUUCCACGGAAUCCACCAGAACAACGAUGAGCCCAUCCGAGUGAGCUACCAUCGCAACAUCCACUACAACUCUGUGGUCAACCCCAACAAGGCGACCAUUGGGGUGGGCCUCGGCCUGCCCGCCUUCAAGCCUGGGUAUGCAGACCAGUCCCUAAUGAAGUCAGCCAUCAAAACGUCCGAGGAGUCGUGGAUCGAGCAGCAGAUGUUGGAAGACAAGAAGCGAGCGAGUGACUGGGAGGCGACGUGUGAAGCUAUUGAGGAGCAGGUGGCCAGGGAAUCGUACCUGCAGUGGCUUCGGGACCAGGAGAAGCAGGCCCGACAGCCCAGGAAAGCCAGCGCCACUUGCAGUUCGGCGACAGCGGCGGCCUCCAGUGGCCUGGAGGACUGGGCCGCUCGAUCGCCACGGCAACGAGACACUGACCCCUCCCACUCUGACCACACAAGCUCCCCCUCAACUGUCAUCAAGCCGCCUUCCCCGGCUGGUGCUGCCCUCCUCCUUAACAAGCCACCCUCGCCUUGCGCUCCAGGUCCCAGUAAUCAGAGCCGUCAUCAUUUAGAGUACAGAGCCAUUAUGCAGGAGAUGUCACCUACAGCAUUUGGUCUGAGCGACUGGGAGGACGAUGAAAUCCUGGCAUCAGUCCUGGCGGUGUCCCAGCAGGAAUAUUUGGACAGCAUGAAACAUCAGAGUGGCACCGUACAGCAUAGAGAUCGAGAGGCAUCGCCCGACAGCAGCUGAUGGACACAUGCACGCACAUAGACACACAACCUAUGAUCGACUCAUCCCCUCAGUCAACCACUGAAGACCAAGCCAGAAGAAAGAAACACAAUUAUUUUUUAUCAAAAACCCAUCCAUUUUUCUCUCCCGCCUCUUUCCUUUGAGCUGGUUCAGACUCAACGAGGCAGUCAACCCCACGCUAACCAUACGUCAAGUCACGUGAGAGAGCUAAAACCAUGGGAACAAAACAUGCACUUCUUCUCGCAUCUUCAGCUUCAUCACGUAUGAUCACUGACAUGUUACGACCACAAAGCGGUCUCUUGGAAACAGGAAACAAUGUUGUCACAUGACCUCACAUUGAUUUUGUUUUUUCCUUAUUUAUUUUGCUUUUGCACAAGUUACACUGCUCACAAAAUGUUCAAGAUAUUCUGCUUUCAGGAUUAACCUCGAAACCUUUGUAUGCACUUGUCCAGCUGUUCAAUUUUUCUUGGCACAACUUGUUCUCUUUCAUGGAGCUUAAGGGCAAAAUUUACAAGUGCUUGAUCCAUGAAUGGACCAAUAUAGUUACCAAUAUACUUCCUGGUUCCGUUAAACCCAAAGACUACCCCUAACAAUUGAUCAACAGUAUUCCCAUGGCGAGGCGUCAAACAGGAAGCAGCAACUGAAUUUAGAAGUGUCACAGGUUGACAUUAGCAGCUUGAGAGUCCUUGGGAAUGGAAAUGUACUUUGCCAUUAGCUCCAUGAUAGAAAAAAAUCUAGUUAACAAAUACAACUGAAACAUUGAACAGUUGAACACCUGAUUUCAAACCGUAUGAAUGAUGUUGGCCGGAAAAGGUUUUUGGUGCAUUUGAGGGCCGUCCUCAAAUUUCACCGAAAGCCCAAAAGCCUAAAGUUCUUUGUGAGUUUUUGUACCUAUAGUUUCUCAAGUGGGGCAAACGCCUCCUGGCCGCUGUAUAGCCGAUUGGCUGUCGACCCCAUAACUAAUUUCAUUUCGUCCACCGUAGCCCAAACGCAAAAGUUUGCAGGAGCAUAUGUAAUCAUUGAAAAGAACAGUUCCUAAUGAGCUGCUAUACUCAUCUACUGUUUGUGAAAAUGAGGUUUCUGGCACUGUUAUCUGAUAGCAGUUAUCUGAAACAAAGGGAUCGUUAUACCAAGCUGAAAUGUUUUCAACGCUCAAGAUAUUUGUUAUGUUCUACUUCAGUGAGCUAGCGUAACUCAUCUAACUGCGAUGUAAAAAUGUCGCUUAGUACGGCUGAACUGUAGCGGUUCUUUUUGACGAGUUAGUGGGGUUGCAGCUGAAAUUCUGCUGACUGGCAAAUUAAAUUUCCCUUCUUUGUAUAGAAAGAUUGUUAUUGAACAUGUAGCACAAAGUGUGAGCAAGGCUUAUCUGAAAAAUAAGGCAGCAGCAGCACCCCGUGCUACACUAUUGACGCAUGAAGUCCACUCCUGUACGACUUCACGGACUUCCUGUUGGUGACCUGAGUGUGAGUUCCAUUGAUGGCUUGAAAAUCUAUUUUUUAAAAUGUUUUGUCUUCCUCUUCUUACCUCCAUCAUCAUCAUCAAUAGCUGCAUGUUUGAUCAUGACCAAUGGAGACGUGACAAAUGAGAGACAAAAACACAAUUGUCACACUUAUCCUCAUUAUGAUUAAUUAUUGUUAUUAUUAAUAUAAGUUUGUUGAUAAAAAUAACUUUUUUUCUUGGAAUAAAAAGAGGGAAAAUG